UCUUCAUUUUCUUCUACCGUGGUGGUGUGCCCUAACCCCUCUCUCUCUCUCUCUCGCUCCCGCCGCUCCCAAUCCCCUGCCGCAUAGCUGUCGCAACAGAUCGCCGCCUCAACUCCGCCUGCUGUGGGCGAGCACCGUCCCUCAGCCUCUCAUCUUCCUCGCCUCGCCGACCACGCCAACUCCGACCCACCGUGCCUCAGUGGGUCUCUCUUUCUUCCUCAGCCUCGCCAACCCCUGGCCAGUCCCGAGGCUCCACGGUCAGUCUGAAAAUUUGCAGCUUUUUAGGGUUUAGGUGUCGGAACGGAGAAGGGUGUCGUUGGACUUGUGUGGGCCGCCGUCAUUGUCCGACAUGGCAGUUCAUAGAUGUCGGCUUAUCACCUACUCAGAGGAGAUUAUCGAUGGCCAGCCGAUUUAUGUCGCUUCAAACUGCCUUCCCGUCAAGGCUCCGAGAUUCGAGCCUGCCGGGCACUCCUUCCACGCCACUGCACUGAAGCUGCUCGGUUAUGGUGAGGAAGAAGAGGCAGAUGGUGAUGACCAGUCGGUGUCCAGUGAUAAGGACCAGAGCUUUAUCCACUCUGCUGAUCCGUCGUACAGCAGCAAGGGUAAGAAGAAGUCUGGUUCCGGAAGCAAGCAGCAGGAUCACUAUGCGCUGUUGGGGUUGAGCCAUUUAAGGUACCUCGCCAGCGAGGAUCAGAUAAAGAAAGCAUACAGGGAGACUGCCUUGAAGUAUCAUCCCGAUAAACAAGCCGCCCUGCUUCUUGCUGAGGAAACCGAAGCUGCUAAGCAGGCAAAGAAGGAUGAGAUUGAGAGCCAUUUCAAGGCCAUCCAAGAGGCAUAUGAGGCACUGAUCGAUCCUGUUAAGAGGAGGAUAUAUGACUCGACAGACGAGUUUGAUGAUGAGAUUCCGACAGAUUGUGCCCCGCAGGACUUCUUCAAAGUUUUCGGUCCUGCCUUUAUGAGGAAUGGGCGGUGGUCAGUUACUCAGCCCGUGCCUUCUCUGGGCGGUGAAGAUGCUCCUCUCAAGGAGGUGGACAAUUUCUAUGACUUCUGGUACUCCUUCAAGAGUUGGAGGGAGUUUCCUCAUGCAGAUGAAUUUGACCUCGAGCAAGCUGAGUCUCGUGAUCAUAAGAGGUGGAUGGAGAGGCAGAAUGCGAAGCUAUCGGAGGGAGCUAGGAAGGAAGAGUAUGUGAGGAUACGAACUCUUGUUGACAAUGCCUACAAGAGAGAUCCACGAAUUCUCAGGAGAAAAGAGGAAGAGAAGGCAGAGAGGCAGAGAAAAAAAGAGGCCAAGAUUCUUGCCAAGAGGCAGCAGGAAGAAGAGGCUGCAAGGAAGGCUGAAGAGGAGAAACGACGGAAAGAAGAGGAAGAAAGACGGGCUGCUGAAGCCGCUCUGCAACAGAAGAAAGUCAAGGAGAAAGAGAAGAAGCUUCUUCGCAAAGAGCGGGCCCGCCUUCGAGCUCUUUCGGCAUCCCUUGUAUCUCAGCGCUUGCUUGGAAUCUCUGAGGAUGAUGUUGACAGUCUCUGCACCUCACUCGACACUGAGCAGCUGAGGAACAUAUGUGAUAAGAUGGAAAGCAGACAAGGUGCAGAACGCGCUGAAGUUCUGAGAGAUGCGCAAGGAUCGAGUCACAAGUCAGAGGAUGAGAAACAAGGUGAGAAGCAGAACCAGCAGCAGAAUGGGUCCAUGCGGGUUAGUGGAAGCUUGCCCUUUGGCAGCACGGAGAAGAAGGAGAAGCCCUGGGGAAGAGAAGAGAUUGAACUGUUGAGGAAAGGAAUGCAGAAAUAUCCCAAAGGAACCUCUCGGAGAUGGGAAGUUAUAUCAGAGUACAUGGGGACAGGGAGGUCUGUUGAAGAGAUCCUGAAGGCUACUAAAACUGUUCUCCUCCAGAAGCCCGAUUCUGCCAAAGCUUUUGAUUCAUUCCUCGAGAAGAGAAAACCUGCCCAGUCAAUUGUUUCGCCUCUUACAACAAGAGAGGAAGUCGAAGGAACACCAGUGGCAGCUCAUGCACCUGAGACUACUGCUGCUAAGGUAGGUGAAGCAGAAGAAUCUUCAAACAGCAGAAGUGGGAGUGCCCCAAACCCUGAGGAUUCUGUCACUGAGAAUGGUGGUUCGGGUUCAGACCAAGAUGUAUGGUCCGCUGUUCAAGAAAGAGCUCUCAUUCAGGCACUGAAGACUUUUCCUAAGGAGACCAGUCAGCGUUGGGAGAGAGUGGCAGCUGCUGUUCCCGGGAAGACUGUGAACCAAUGCAGGAAGAAGCUUGCGCUGCUGAAGGAGAAUUUCAGAAGCAAGAAAAACGCAGUCUAAUUUGCUUGGCUUGAUGGAAGAGUUAAAAGUCAACGAAAGGUGGGUUGAGUUCAUUCUUUGGUCUUUUGGGGCUGGAUUUGUGAAAUCAAUAUUUAUACAAAUAGGAGGCAGGGUUACGUCCUUUUGGGUAUCCAAAUUUUGUUUGAUUUUGGGACACAGAACACGCGACUGAUUCCUGGAGGACAGGGCAAACCUUUAAUUGGAAACAUCAGAGUCUGCUCCAUCAGGUCGCUUGUAUUCUGUAAUUUAUGUGCCUGCGUAUGAAGGCAGACGUGUGAUGAUAAUCAGUCGUCAUGUCUGUUAACAUUAGAGGGAGGGGUGGUUGAUCGAGUAAUCUGAUGACUUUGUGGUCUCAGUUUAGUCAUAGUAAUUCUUGGGGUUAGACACAGGCAAUUCAUUGCUGUUAAUACAAGCUUUGAAUUCGAGACGGUAUCAGCACUCUUCGACUUCUUUAAGCUCCCUGUUGCUUUAUAUAUAUAUAUAUAUAUAUAUAUAUAUAUAUUGGUAACAGAAGAAACAUAAUUUGGUUUUCUUGAA